UUAUGGCCACCACUACUUCCGGGUUCUAGCAUUCUGGUCGGAAUCCACCUCUCCGCCUGUGCAACACACACUUUACACACGCGCGGGGACUGCGAGCGGGCAGCAUCGAUUGUGGCUCCUUUAAGACAAACUCAGACAGACAUUUUUUUUAACCCUCCUCCUCUAAUCUCCUUCCAGUGCAGCAGUUGCAAAGAGGGAGAGAGAGAGAGAGAGAAAGAGAAAGAGCGAGCGAGCGAGAGGAGAGAGAAACUGAUUAGGAAUUAGGACUGAUUCAAGAGGAGCGAGCGCUAGGGCUUUGUGCAUUUGAAUAUUAACAUUUGAGGUGUUCUGACCAGAAGAAGACAGAGCGGAUGAUCAUUCAUUCACCACGUUGACAACCUCGCCUGUGAUUGACAGCCGGAGUGGCAGAAAGCCAUGAGAUUUGGUAGUUGAGUCUGAGGGGCGCUCUUUUUUUUUUUUUUUAAACUGAUUUUUGGGGGAGAGAAGAUCUGCUUUUUUUUUUUUUUUUUUCCUUGCCCCCGCUGCUGUCUUGGAAACGGAGCGCUUUUAUGCUCAGUGACUCGGGAGCUUUGCUUCAGGUCCCGUAGACCGAAGAUCUGGGACUAGUAGCUCACGUUGCUGGAGACGUUAAGGGAUUUUUCGUCCUGCUUUAAAAAAUUUUUUUCCGGGGGAGCUUGCGUGUUUGUUUUCUUUCACACUGGCCUUACAGAGGAUAUAUUAGAAGUUGAAGUAGGAAGGGAGCCAGGGAGGCCGAUGGCGCAAAGGUACGACGAUCUACCCCAUUACGGGGGUAUGGACGGAGUAGGCAUCCCCUCCACGAUGUAUGGGGACCCGCAUGCGGCCAGAUCCAUGCAGCCGGUUCACCACCUGAACCACGGGCCUCCUCUGCACUCGCAUCAGUACCCGCACACAGCUCACACCAACGCCAUGGCCCCCAGCAUGGGUUCCUCCGUCAAUGACGCUUUAAAGAGAGAUAAAGAUGCCAUUUAUGGACACCCCCUCUUCCCUCUCUUAGCACUGAUUUUUGAGAAAUGUGAAUUAGCUACUUGUACCCCCCGCGAGCCGGGGGUGGCGGGCGGGGACGUCUGCUCGUCAGAGUCAUUCAAUGAAGAUAUAGCCGUGUUCGCCAAACAGAUUCGAGCAGAAAAACCUCUAUUUUCUUCUAAUCCAGAACUGGAUAACUUGAUGAUUCAAGCCAUACAAGUAUUAAGGUUUCAUCUGUUGGAAUUAGAGAAGGUACACGAAUUAUGUGACAAUUUCUGCCACCGGUAUAUUAGCUGUUUGAAAGGGAAAAUGCCUAUCGAUUUGGUGAUAGAUGAUAGAGAAGGAGGAUCAAAAUCAGACAGUGAAGAUAUAACAAGACCAGCAAAUCUGACUGACCAGCCCUCUUGGAAUCGAGAUCACGAUGACACGGCAUCCACCCGUUCAGGAGGAACCCCGGGCCCUUCCAGCGGUGGCCACACAUCGCACAGCGGGGACAACAGCAGUGAGCAAGGUGAUGGCUUGGACAACAGUGUAGCUUCCCCCAGCACAGGUGACGAUGAUGAUCCAGAUAAGGACAAAAAGCGUCACAAAAAGCGUGGCAUCUUUCCCAAAGUAGCCACAAAUAUCAUGAGGGCGUGGCUGUUCCAGCAUCUAACACACCCUUACCCUUCUGAAGAACAGAAAAAGCAGUUGGCACAAGACACGGGACUCACCAUCCUUCAAGUGAACAAUUGGUUUAUUAAUGCCCGGAGAAGAAUAGUGCAGCCCAUGAUAGACCAGUCCAACCGAGCAGUAAGUCAAGGAACACCUUAUAACCCCGACGGACAGCCAAUGGGAGGUUUUGUGAUGGACGGUCAGCAACACAUGGGCAUCAGGGCACCAGGACCUAUGAGUGGAAUGGGCAUGAAUAUGGGCAUGGAGGGGCAGUGGCACUACAUGUAACCUUCAUCUAGUUAACCAAUCGCAAAGCCAGGGGGAAGGCUGCAAAGUAUGCCAGGGGAGUAUGUAGCCCGGGGUGGUCCAAUGGGUGUGAGUAUGGGACAGCCAAGUUAUACCCAACCCCAGAUGCCCCCCCAUCCUGCUCAGCUGCGUCAUGGGCCCCCCAUGCAUACGUACAUUCCUGGACACCCUCACCACCCAACAGUGAUGAUGCAUGGAGGACCGCCCCACCCUGGAAUGCCAAUGUCAGCAUCAAGCCCCACGGUUCUUAAUACAGGAGACCCAACAAUGAGUGGACAAGUCAUGGACAUUCAUGCUCAGUAGCUUAAGGGAAUAUGCAUUGUCUGCAAUGGUGACUGAUUUCAAAUCAUGUUUUUUCUGCAAUGACUGUGGAGUUCCAUUCUUGGCAUCUACUUUGGACCAAGGAGCAUCCCUAAUUCUUCAUAGGGACUCUUAAAAAGCAGGAAAUACCAACUGAAGUCAAUCUGGGGGACAUGCUAAAUAACUAUAUAAGACAUUAAGAGAACAAAGAGUGAAAUAUUGUAAAUGCUAUUAUACUGUUAUCCAUAUUACGUUGUUUCUUAUAGAUUUUUUAAGAAAAAUGUGAAAUUUUUCCACACUAUGUGUGUUGUUUCCAUAGCUCUUCACUUCCUCCAGAAGCCUCCUUACAUUAAAAAGCCUUACAGUUAUCCUGCAAGGGACAGGAAGGUCUGAUUUGCAGGAUUUUUAGAGCAUUAAAAUAACUAUCAGGCAGAAGAAUCUUUCUUCUCGCCUAGGAUUUCAGCCAUGCGCGCGCUGUCUUUCUCUUUCUCUCUCUCUCUCUGUCUCUCUUUUCCUCUCUCUCCCUCUUUCUAGCCUGGGGCUUGAAUUUGCAUGUCUAAUUCAUUUACUCACCAUAUUUGAAUUGGCCUGAACAGAUGUAAAUCGGGAAGGAUGGGAAAAACUGCAGUCAUCAACAAUGAUUAAUCAGCUGUUGCAGGCAGUGUCUUAAGGAGACUGGUAGGAGGAAGCAUGGAAACCAAAAGGCCGUGUGUUUAGAAGCCUAAUUGUCACAUCGAGCAUCAUUGUCCCCAUGCAACAACCGCCACCUUAUACAUCACUUCCUGUUUUAUGCAGCUCAAAAACAUAGACUGAAGAUUUAUUUUUAAUAUGUUGACUUUAUUUCUGAGCAAAGCAUCGGUCAUGUGUGUAUUUUUCCAUAGUCCCACCUUGGAGCAUUUAUGUAGACAUUGUAAAUAAAUUUUGUGCAAAAAGGACUGGAAAAAUGAACUGUAUUAUUGCAAUUUUU